AUGCGUCUCCACCUGUUCUCAUGCAUCUACGUGGCCAUUCUUGCCUCUACUGUCAGUGCAACUGGUUGCAGCAAAUGCCUCAAUCAAAACGAGGACAAUAUCCGUCUCGGCUGCUUCAAUAAAUGCAAAGAAGCCUUCAAUCCCAGCAGCACCGAAUAUCGGGUCUGUCGCGAUCAGUGCACCGAGUUUGUCUUUCAUGACCACUGCUGUACCUCUUCCUGCAGCAGCAAAUCUGGCGUCUGUCUGAAUGACUACUUCCACCGCGUGGGCCUGACCAAGCGGGACUCGAUGGACGAGGAAGCCUAUUAUCAAUCUCAGCUAGAGGCGAUUCGCGAAAAUCCCGACCUACUCGACAAACGAGCGCUGCUAGCAGGUGAUGCUCCCUACCAUCUGAUCCGAAGUACUGAGGACUUACACUCACUCAAUUAUCCGGAUUUUAAUGAGACUAUCGUGUACGAUAUGAGCGAGCAUAACGGCCCAGGGGCUCUAGAUCGUCGGAUUGACCAGGGCCAAACCUGCUGCUGGGUCGCGGGGGCGGUGCUUCAAAAGGGCCUCGUUGAGGUUGGGACAGCAUGGACAAGUGAUGACUGGACCGACGAGCAGCGCCAGGGACUGGUGCUCGUCAGCUUUGGCGUUGCGGGAGCAUAUGCUUGCAACUAUGUUUACAAUGUUAAAUGUCUCUUAUUCAAUGCCAGACCUGCGCCGCAAGUUUAA